CGACAUGCAAAAAUGCAACAUAAAUACAUGCACGUAUACAUGUGUAUUUAUGUGUCCAUGCAUGUAGGUAUCCAAACAUGCAUAUGCAUACAUGUAUAUACAAAAAAGCAUAUACAUACAUAUAUAAAUGCAAACUUAAAACUUCUCCCAAAAAUCGCAUUUAUACCCAGGAAGCUUGGAUUCUGCGAAAAGUGUGUGUGUGUGUGUGUAUAGAUCCUUGGAAAUGACCCCCAUUUCCACCAAGGAGGGAUGGACUUCUCAAAAGCUGUGAAAAACGCAUCAGAUGAAAUUUCACUGAGAUCUUUAAAAAUGUUUUUGAAGCCGAUCGGUUGUUUGCAAUUAAAAGAAUUUGGAAUGGGUCGAGCACAAAGAGAAGUCGAUGAGGCUUGCGUGAUAAUUAUAUAUAUUGUAAAUGUUGCCUAAUUGAACAAAAAGAAGAAGAAGAAGUAGAAGAAGGACAACAAAACUAAAUCCGAUGGCAAACACAGACUUAACCCAAUCGCGGUCUUCCUCGCCCAGUCAGCAACAGGAUCAAACACCUGCAGGCGCUCGCGCUCCAAGUCUAAAGCCGCAUUUUGUGACUAGCAUCUAUCCCCUUGGCGGAACCCCUGGCAGUACCGGCUGUGGGUCCACUACCACUACUACAGUGCCGCGGCAGACGACGCAUCCCCAGGUGACCACCAUGGCAUUGGAACAGUAUCGCUUGCAGUUGUACAACUAUGCACUUAACAUUGAGCGUCUAAGGUGUCCACAAUACGCGCCAGCUGCGGGAUCCGCCGUUGGCUCGACGGCAUUGCCCACUUGGCUACAUCCAUACAGCUCUCACUGUGCAGGAGCUGGAAAUCGUCUGGCAACGCUUUCAACGAUCUCGCUAUUCCCUCAGUCUCAGCGCAUUUUUCAGCCGGAGGAGCCAAAGCCACAGCACAGCUAUAUUGGACUUAUUGCAAUGGCCAUUCUGAGCUCCUCUGAAAUGAAACUAGUGCUUUCAGAUAUUUAUCAAUAUAUUUUGGAUAACUACCCGUACUUUCGGACGCGUGGGCCCGGCUGGAGAAACUCGAUUAGGCAUAAUCUAUCCCUAAACGACUGCUUUAUCAAAUCUGGACGUAGUGCGAAUGGCAAGGGCCAUUACUGGGCUAUUCAUCCCGCCAACAUGGAUGACUUUCGCAAAGGUGACUUUCGGCGACGGAAAGCCCAGCGCAAGGUGCGCAGGCACAUGGGGCUCUCCGUUGAUGACGCCAGCACAGAUUCACCGAGCCCGCCUCCAUUAGACUUAACCACUCCACCACCUCCCGCCACGCAGGCAUCAAUGCAGCUUGCUGCCCUGAACUAUCCCUACCAUCAGCAUUACAUUGGUCAGUUCUUUGGUCGCAGUGUCGUUGGUGCUUCCACUCCACCCUGCAAUCUGCCCCAGUACACGGCUGCAGCCACAGCUCUCCAGCGGCAGCAGAUCCACAUUCAGCACCAGCAGCAGCAGCAGCAGCCAGAGCCAAGAUUGGAUCCAAGCUAUCAGUUAUCACAGCACCCGCAUCAGCAUCUGCACCAGCAUCUGCCCCAAUCCCAGCAUCAGCAUCAGCAUCAACAUCAGCAUAUAGCCUACAUAAACUCUACAACGACAACCACAAUUGCGAAUCUGUAUUCGCAGACGCGAAAACGUCAGUUUGAUGUCGCCUCGCUGCUUGCACCGGAUGUGCAGAUUGUCGACAUUGUUGAAGAUGAGGACUCAUCGACCCAGACCCAGCAUACGGUUAUCACUAAGGUCCAAGUAAAAAAGCAGCAAAUGAUCCAUCGCGAAUUGGUUGUUGAGCGAAAAAGUCCCAGCACUAACCCAAAUACAGUUGAUGGCGAUGUGGAUGCAGAUAUUGAUGUUGACGGUGAUGGUGAUGGUGAUGGUGAUGCUGAUGGAGACGUAAAUGACCGUAUGUUGCAAGGCCAGGAUCCAGGGCAACACCAGCAGCAGCAGCACAUGAGCCAUCCAUUAAGAAGCCAAGUCAUUCAGCAUAUGCUCUCGCCUGAUGACAAUAAUUCGUACCUUAGUGAUGCCAGGCAAUCUAUAUUCGAUGCGGACAUUGAGGAGCAAGAGCCCCACAAUUUCUCAGUUUCUGUUUCUGUUUCACCGCCCUUGGACAGCUCGGCGGCGAGCAGUAGCCAACAGGACUCGAAUUCUUUAGAAGAAUGCCCCCUAGCCGAGGCUUCGGCUCCAGGACCAUUGAGCGUAUCGAGCGUAUCGGCCACACCAGCAGCACACACAUCGCCGCUGGCAAUGACAAUGUCGCUGCCAAAUGCCUACGUGGAGCUUAACGGCGUCGAUCCCCAGCUCCUGAGCAAAUACUACGGCACAUAUAUGGCAGCAGCGGCUCGUCGAGCUAGUCUGGAAGCCGCCCAAUCCAGAGCCCAAUCGAAAACUAUGACCACUCCCCCGCCUAUAGAACUGUUACCUAAUAAAUCUUAAUCCAA